CUCAAACUGCUGAGCAAUAGCGUGGGCGCAGUUUCUAAAAAUAAUUUAGUGACAUCUUCGAGAGAAUUUGUUUAUUUCAAAAUUUCUCCACUUCAACAUGGGUGAGUUUUUUGCUAUUUCUCUCUUGCUUCGCUGUAUUUUGUAGAAAAUUUAAUACUUACAUAUUUAUUUGGCAGGUUUCCGUCCGCAAAAACUGCGUGUGAACCUUAAACUGGCCAUAAACCGGCUCAAACUACUGGAAAAGAAAAAAAGUUCGUAAUACAUUUCUGUUUAUAUUUUUAUACCAAUACAUGUAUUCUAGAUUUUUAGAUUUUGAUAGUUUGGGUAUGCUAUUAAAUACCUGUGUUUGUUUGCAGCUGAGAUUGCUAUGAAAUCAAGAAAAGAAAUAGCUGAUUACCUGUCGCAAAACAAAGAUGAUAGAGCCAGAAUCCGAGUACGUAUUGGUACAUGCAUUUAUAAAUAGCUCCCAUUAAUGGAAAAGGGCUAUUGCGUGUAGCUUUGUAACUGGGGUUCAAUUCCCACAAUAUGUUUUCUGAUUUCACUUCAAUAUUCACUAAGUCCAGACUGUUUUUCAGGUAGAACACAUCAUUCGAGAGGAUUAUCUUGUGGAAGCAAUGGAAUUAUUAGAACUGUAUUGUGACUUACUUCUUGCCAGAUUUGGUCUGAUUGAAACAAUGAAGUAAUUGUUUUUCCUAUCAUUAAAAUUAUGAUUGCCAUUACCCCAGCUUGACAAGCACCAUCACUACUAACAUCAUUUUAUACCAUUAUCAUCAUAAAGCCGGUUUUCCACUAGGCGGAAUUUUGCGCGCGGAGCAGACUUUUUCUGUGUCUUUUCUAAUUAGUUCCACCCGAGAAAUCACAAGACAAAGAAAAAUGCCGCUCCGCGCGCAAAAUUCCACCUAAUGGAAAACCGGCUUUACUGUGACCAUCUCAACCACGAACACCACCUUAAUGACAAUAAAUCAUCACCAUAAUUGUUACCUUAUGACUGUUCUCAUAUUCACUCUAAUUAAUUCACCAUCAUCUUAAGCACCAUCAUCACCUUGGAGAAAAAAAUAAUAUAGUUAAACAUAGUUCUUUAAUACUGUGUGUAAACUUCAGACAUUGUGAUGAAGGUUUGGUUGAAUCAGUUUCAACAUUGAUCUGGGCAGCACCACGUCUGCAGAGUGAUGUUCAAGAACUUAGAUUGGUAAAAUAUUUUGUUAAAUCGUGGAUGUAAUUUUAAUAAAGUUGCUGCCAUUUGCUAACUUGUUAGAUUUUUACAGAUCUCUGAACAGUUUGGUCAGAAAUAUGGUAAACCAUUUGCAGAAGAGGCUGCCAGGAAUACCAACAAAACUGUCAAUGAGAAAGUUAGUACCUUCCCAUGUCCUGUCACACAUUGACCUGCAAUGUGCCCACCUUUUACUACUUAUUUUAUGCUUAAUACCAGACAAUCUAGCCAUUCUUAGCUUGUCAUUGCUAGAUCAUUUUACUUGAAUGAGUUGAGUGUCAAAAUAGGUUAACUGACUUUUGUUUGUUACAAACUUUUCAGUUGAUCAACAAACUCAGUCCAAAUGCUCCACCUAAAGCUCUCGUUGAAAGGUACCUUAUCGAGAUUGCAAGAAAUUAUAAUGUUCCUUACGAACCUGAUCCAUCAGCCAUGGUAAGGAUACCACAAUAAAAAAAUCCAACCAAUAAAACAUCCACAUCUCUCCCACAGAGAAAAUUAGAAGUUAAUAAACUCCAUACCCCUUCAGAUACCCUACCCCCAAAUACAUUAGUAGAAAUUUCAUGUGACAGUGUGGAUCUUUUCUGUAACAGUGUGUUGCACUAUGUACAGUAUAGCAAUUAGACCAGACCUGGGCCAAUAUCGGACCAUUUUUGUUCAGACCAUCCACCACACCCGAGGGUCGGAAUAAAAAUAUUGACACAGUUGAAAAAUAUUGGUCACUUCAAUACUGCUGAGCCUGCAAUAUUUUGCCCUUAGUCGGCGAACAAUUCAGCAUUGAUAUGCCUCACAUUCUGACUCAUGGUCAACAGGCAAAUAUCCAAGCAGUGUCCAUCACAAUAACAUGAGUGAAUGUGGGUCUAUGGGGCCCACUAAAUUUACUCCUGUGUAAUAGAAAUGCUUGGUUGCCAUCAAUUGCUUCAUGGUUACAUUAUAAAAUGUUGUACAUACUUUAGGGUGAGCUGUCUGACAUUGAUAGCACCAAAGGUGGUGAUAACAACAGUGACUUCCAUGGUAGCAGUGGGUUUGAUGGUCCCAGUGGUGGUUUCCAUGGUGGGUUUGGUGGUCCAACUGGUCCCAGCAGUGGUGGUGGUUUCAAUGGUGGCAGUGGAUUUGGUGGUCCAACUGGCCCUAGUGGUGGUAGUAAUCCCAGAAUUGGUUUUGAAAAUUAUGACAAUCCUGGAGUGAGCUUUUCUCAAAUGCCCUCCGUUCCUGGACAAAAUGCUGGUCUUGCUUAUCCUCCACCGCAGGUAAUACUCUAGAAACUUUUCAGCGGUUGAUUGAGAGAUCCAACUGGUAAAAAACCCCAGAUUGGUUUAAUUACUUCAUCUAACCCUCAUUUAAUACAUAUUGAAAUAAUUAGGGUUAGAAAAGGUAUGUGUUUCAAGCUGUGUGCCACAAAUAAGCGAACAAGAUUUUAGGUUUCACACUGAUGCCCAGCAAAUCAUAUAUUCUACAGAAUUUUUGCAUUAUUGACAGCAUGAAGCUAUAUAAUCAAGGAUUCCCUUUCUUAUACAAUACAUUUUAGCAGGGGGGGGGGGGCAAAAUUUUGCCAGGGGGGCAGCCCUGGCUACGCCUCUGUGGCUUUGGCGUUUCGACUGAAGGCUGUCUUGUCAUCGUCGUUACCUCCACUGGCAUCGGCCGUGCGAGAUUAUAUUCUGGAAAUCUUUCGACUUUCAGCGUUGGUCGGCGCGCAUACAAAAAAGACGUAGCUGUUUAUUCCUAAUAAAGAUUUAGAGCAGUUGAAUGUUUUCAACGAAAGUCCUUCAUGAAAAACGUCUGCAUCAAACUUCCGCUCAAAACGUGGUUGUACCUUUCAUUUGGUAGUUUACACACGUAUUGCUUACACGCUCUUCUGAGCAAAGUUUCAACUAACAUUUCCUUCUCACAACAGGUCAACUCUGUUCCUCCACCUGGAACACAAAUAUUACAUAUAACAAUAUUUACACAUAAAGUAUUGCUUACACGCUCUUCCGAGCAAGUUUCAACUAACAUUUCCUUCUCACAACAGGUGAACUCUGUUCCUCCACCUGGAACACAAGUAUUAAAUAUAACAAUAUUUACACACGUAUUGCUUACACGCUCUUCUGAGCAAAGUUUCAACUAACAUUUCCUUCUCACAACAGGUGAACUCUGUUCCUCCACCUGGAACACAAGUAUUACAUAUAACAAUAUUUACACACGUAUUGCUUACACGCUCUUCUGAGCAAAGUUUCAACUAACAUUUCCUUCUCACAACAGGUGAACUCUGUUCCUCCACCUGGAACACAAGUAUUACAUAUAACAAUAUUUACACACGUAUUGCUUACACGCUCUUCUGAGCAAAGUUUCAACUAACAUUUCCUUCUCACAACAGGUGAACUCUGUUCCUCCACCUGGAACACAAGUAUUACAUAUAACAAUAUUUACACACGUAUUGCUUACACGCUCUUCUGAGCAAAGUUUCAACUAACAUUUCCUUCUCACAACAGGUGAACUCUGUUCCUCCACCUGGAACACAAGUAUUACAUAUAACAAUAUUUACACACGUAUUGCUUACACGCUCUUCUGAGCAAAGUUUCAACUAACAUUUCCUUCUCACAACAGGUGAACUCUGUUCCUCCACCUGGAACACAAGUAUUACAUAUAACAAUAUUUACACACGUAUUGCUUACACGCUCUUCUGAGCAAAGUUUCAACUAACAUUUCCUUCUCACAACAGGU